AUACAAAGUUAAAAAAAUUAUUUAAUCAACUAAAAUCAACUACCAUUCUCCCAUAAUGCUAUCCACACAUAAUCCUUAAAAAUUUGUCCAUAAACAUAGGACACCUCCCUAAAAUUAAGGUCAAACAUUCAACCCCACGUUUCACUCACCUCUCUCUAACCCAACACAAUUUUGACUCACAAUAGUUUUUCAUAAUUUUUUUUCUUUCCUUUUUUCAUUUUCAUAUUUUCCGGAAAUAGAAAAAUAGUUAUCUCUCCCUCUCUCUCACUUUCUCUCUCUUUCUUUCUCCCUCCCUCUCUCUUCUUUGAUCCAUGGAGGUGGAAGAAGAACUCCAUCAAAACCCAGAAGAAAGUUGAUUCCUUUCACCUAGAUUCGAUAACCCAUUUGGCUAAAAACUUCAAUGCGGUCUUUGAAAAGACCAAAUAAAAAUUCAGAUUCAAAGGGUCAUCAUCAUCAUCAUCAUAGAGGGUGUGGAUCUGAUGGUGGGUUUCGUGAAGCAAUGUCAAAAAGAAAUUAAUGUUGUUGUUGUUGAUAAUGAUGUUUCAUGUGUAAUAACAAGUAAAGUGUUGUCGUUUAUUGUUGCUGUUACUGUUGUUGUUGUUGUUGUCGGUGGCAACGACUUAGUGGUGCUUUUGCAUCAUAAACGACGAUGCAGCUUCAUUUCUCGCCUAGCAUGAGAAGCAUCACGAUAUCAAGCAACAAUGGGUUUAUUGACUUGAUGAAGAUCAAAGUCGCAGCUUGUCACAUUUCUUAUCGAACCCUUUUUCAUACCAUACUCGUCCUUGCUUUUUUGUUGCCAUUUGUCUUCAUUCUCACUGCUGUUGUUACCCUUGAAGGUGUCAACAAGUGUUCUUCAUUGGAUUGUUUAGGUAGACGGUUAGGACCAAGGCUACUUGGCAGGGCUGACAAUUCAGCGAGAUUAGUUAAAGAUUUUUACAACAUACUGAACGAAGUCAAGACCGGGGAAAUUCCAUCUAGUUUAAAGCUGCCCGAUUCAUUUGAUCAAAUGGUUUCUUCUAUGAAGGAUAAUCAAUAUGAUGCGAAAACAUUCGCUUUAAUGUUAAAGGGAAUGAUGCAGAAAUUUGAGAAAGAAGUCAGAGAAUCUAAAUUUGCAGAGCUGAUGAAUAAACACUUUGCAGCUAGUUCUAUCCCUAAAGGGAUUAAUUGUCUCUCUUUGCGUUUAACCGAUGAAUACUCGUCGAAUGCGCAUGCACGCAAACAAUUGCCUCCGCCAGAGUUACUACCUAUGCUCUCCGACAACUCAUACCACCAUUUUAUUUUGUCAACCGAUAACAUCUUGGCUGCUUCAGUAGUUGUUGCCUCUACUGUUCAGUCAUCUCAGAGACCUGAAAAGAUAGUCUUCCAUGUCAUCACCGACAAAAAAACUUACGCCGGUAUGCACUCGUGGUUUGCACUAAAUCCUCCCUCACCUGCUAUAGUUGAAGUCAAAGGCCUUCACCAGUUUGACUGGUUAACUAGAGAAAAUGUUCCGGUACUUGAAGCCGUAGAAAGCCAAAAUGGAAUUAGGGAUUACUAUCAUGGGAAUCAUCUCUUGGGAGCCAAUCUCAGUGAUACCAAUCCACAUAAAUUCGCGUCAAAAUUGCAGUCGAGAAGUCCAAAGUACAUAUCUUUACUCAACCAUAUCCGCAUAUACAUACCCGAGCUUUUUCCGAACCUUGAAAAGGUAGUUUUUUUGGAUGACGAUGUUGUGGUUCAGCGGGAUUUGUCUCCGCUUUGGGAAAUUGAUAUGAAUGGAAAAGUUAACGGAGCUGUGGAAACGUGUAGAGGUGAAGAUGAUUGGGUAAUGUCGAAGCAUUUAAAGAACUACUUCAAUUUUUCCCAUCCCCUCAUUGCAGGGCAUUUGGAUCCUGAUGAGUGUGCUUGGGCUUACGGAAUGAAUGUCUUCGAUCUUCGUACAUGGAGAACGUCAAAUAUUAGAGAGACAUAUCAUUCCUGGCUGAAAGAGAAUCUGAGGUCAAACAUGACGAUGUGGAAGCUAGGAACCCUACCUCCAGCUUUGAUUGCGUUUAAAGGUCACGUGUAUCCAAUCGACCCUGCUUGGCACAUGCUUGGUUUAGGUUAUCAGACCAGCACCAAUGUUGAGGAUGUGAAAACGGCUGCGGUUAUUCAUUACAAUGGCCAAUCAAAACCUUGGUUAGAAAUCGGGUUUGAACAUCUUAGACCGUUUUGGAACAAGUAUGUCAAUUAUUCAAAUGAUUUUGUUAGGAACUGUAAUAUCAUGGACUUAUAGUCUAUCAACUAGAAGAAGCAGAAGCAGAAGCACGACAGUACGAACGUUACAUCAAUGGAUACUACUACGAAACGGAUGAGUAAAAAAAUACAGGUAUCAUCUAAAAUUUUUGCAGCUUGAGAUUUUCUCCGAGAAGAAUUUCAACAAGGCGGCAAGUAGAAGAAUCGGUUGAGAGGACAAAGUGAUCAGGACAUACGGUGGGUGGAUUCAAUGCCAUCCCCAACCGUUGUUUUCACAGACACGGUAUCUGUUCUGACACGGACCUGGUGUGACGUUCAGAGUCUUGUUACAUAGAAACGCGUCCUCUAAUUUUGGUUGACGAGAGAAUAUACUAUUUAUCGAUCUUUCUUUGUGGCUAGAGCAUCAAAGAUUCCCCAAUGGACAUUUAAAGGGUCACAAGCCUGUGUCAUCCAUAUAUAGUUUGGUGUUUAGAACACAAGUGCUAGGAUAGUUCAUUUUUUCUUUAUAGUUUGUUAAAUUUUUGUUAGUGGCAAUAUUUACCUUCACCUUUUUUUUUUGAUUUUGAUGUCAAGAUGAUGGUGAAAUUCUAGGUUUAGUUCAUGAGAUUGCUUGUUAUACAGGGUUCAUUGGAUUAGGAAACUGUCUUUAGGUUAUAAUAUAUUAUAGUUAUUUGUUGUGUACAAUGAUUACAAGACAUUGGAAAUGUGCAGAUAAUUCUUUUUUUCCAA